CGUCGAGCGUCGAGCGGAGGAAACCGUCCUCGUCUCGUCGUUCCGUUCUCGCUGUUUGCUGCCAACUGCUCCUCCGUGCUGCUGCUGCUCGGACAUAGCACGGGGCGGAGAGCUGGAGAGACAUGGUUAUGGCCCCCAAGGCCGAGAUCCCGCUCUACCACCAGAACAGGCUCGGCGGCUCGCGCGCGUUGUCGACGAGGCGGAGAAGGUCCGGGGCCGGCGGUAGCUCCAAGAGCAAGAGGAAUGUCGGGGGCAGCCUCUGCUGGUCGGUGCUGGUCGUCGGCACCCUGGUGCUUUUGGCCUUUGGCCUCGGCACGUUCACGGGGAUUGAGCUCGCCCAGGCUCCCGGCGGGCCGGGGACGUCUUUGCAUAACGGCAACCAUGCACCAAGGGGCACCUUCAUGCCGAAGCUUGAGCACCCCGGUGGGCAGGAGCAAGUGGGCGGGGGUGCGGGGGAGCUGAAUAACAGAGACAAACCGGCCCCACUGCCGCCUUGGAAGGCGCAGGCAGGGAGGGGUGAUCAUCAGGUGCAGCCUCCGGCAGCACCAGGAGGCGGUAACGACGGAGGGGGGGGUGGGGCAGGGGUGGGCUUGUCGACGGUGCCGUGGCUGCAUGAGCACUCGUUCCACGCUAGGGAGGGGGCUUUCGUCACGGGAGGGGAGAGAAGCUUAGCCUUCGACAACUCUGAAGAGGUGACGGUUUCGGCGUGGAUCCACGUGGACCGCGAGAUGUCAGACAUCAAGACCGUCCUGGGGAACAAGAUGUCCGGCUGCGGCUCCGACGCCCUCGGCUUCGCCCUGUACGUGAACGAUUGGAACAAGAAGGACGGGCAGCUGUGGCUCGAGUGGGGGGACGGUGCGCUGGGAUGUCAUAAGAUCCAUUCCAAGAAAAAAGUGCCGGUCGGCCAGUGGGUGCACGUGGCAGCCAGGUUCGACAGCGAGGGAGACGAGGGCGGGAAGGUUUCCGUCUUCAUGGAUGGCAAUCUCGUGGCGUCCCGGGCGGGGUCGCGACGGCCCGGCAGCCGCGAGGAAUUUGCUAUCGGCGCGUUCUCGAACGGCGACUUCUCCUUCGACGGGAGAAUAGGCGCGGUCACCUUCUUCGGCGCUGCCCUCACCGAUACCCAGAUUCAGGAUCUGGCGCAGCGAUCGAAGGACUCGCUAAUCGCCCAGGCGGUGGAGCAGCCGUCCCUUAAGGAACACCACCAGAACCUCCUAGUGGCGUUGCAGCUGGACGAGGCGUUUUCGGCGGAGAGGGAAAAGGAUGGCGCGGAGGCCUUGCACGCGAACGGUACUGGCCAGCUGGAGGGCGGCACCUACCACUUCAUGCACAUGCAGGAGCCUCCGAAGGUGGACGAGAACCUCAGGGACGGAAUCUCCGCACAUGACGUGACACCGCAAUCGAAGGAAGAGAGCGACCGGAAGGGGCGAGAGAGGGCGGCCAAGGUGAAGGAGGCCAUGCAGCACGCCUGGAAGGGCUACGAGCAGCACGCCUGGGGCGCAGACGAGCUAGCGCCGAGAGCCAAGAAGGGGAAACAGCCAUGGGGGGGCAUGGGCGUGACGCUGGUGGACUCUUUGGACACGCUCUGGUUGAUGGGCAUGAAGGACGAGUUCAACAGAGCACGGGACUGGGUGAAGAACAAGCUGACCUUCUCACACGCAUCCGAGGUCAGCGUAUUCGAGACCACGAUUCGGGAGCUGGGAGGUCUGCUCUCGGCGUAUGACCUGUCGAAGGACGAGAUCUUCAAGACAAAGGCGAUUGAGCUCGCAGACCUGCUGUUACCGGCGUUCGACACGAACACGGGCAUCCCGACAGCACGGGUCAGCUUCCGAAGUCACAAGAAUUCCGGCGGCACAAAGUCGGUGCUGGCGGAAAUCGGCACGCUACAGGUCGAGUUCCGGUACCUGAGCAAGAUCACGGGCAUACCCAAGUACGCGGAAAAGGUGAACAGGGUGUUCGACCACAUGUACGGCCUCCCGUCAAAGGACGGCCUUUACCCCAUCUUCGUCAACCCGUCCAACGGACAGACAGUCGGCUCACAGGUGACCUUUGGUGCUCUCGGAGAUUCCUUCUACGAGUACCUGUUGAAGGCGUGGCUGCAGGGGGGCAAGACAGAGACCAAGUACAGGACCAUGUACGACCGAGCGAUGGACGGGAUGACGAGCAAGCUGCUCCGGAAGAGCGAUCCCAGCGGACUGACGUACGUGAGCGACUUAAGCGGCUCCAAGAACGUGGAUAAGAUGGAUCACUUGGUGUGCUUCUUGGCAGGGACCCUGGCGCUCGGUUCGCAGACCACGGACGACCCCGUGAGGGCGGACAGGGACCUCAAGACGGCCAAGGCUUUGGCCUACACCUGCUACCAGAUGUACGAACGGCAGAAGACCGGGCUCGCUCCUGAGAUGGUCACCUUCGAGAAGGGAAAGGACAUGGUCGUGCCUCCGAAGGCGGCGUACAACAUCUUGAGGCCAGAGACCGCGGAGGCCCUGUACGUGUUGCACCAGAUCACGGGGGACCCCAUCUACCGAGAUUGGAGCUGGAACAUUUUCCAGGCAUGCGUUCGAGAAACACUGCCGAUUGCCCGUGGCUUUCGGGUCCUUCCCUAACGUGAACGACCCCAGUAGGCAGCCGGAGGACAGGAUGGAAUCCUUUUUCUUGGCGGAGACUCUCAAGUACCUCUACCUCAUUCAAGACCCGGAUCAAAAGGUGGACCUCAGCAAGUUUGUGUUCAACACGGAGGCGCACCCGUUACAAAUGUUCGACGACAUGGAGCGGAAACCGCAGGGUCUUCGAGGGUACGACCCCAUGGCAGCUAUGUGGGCCGCAAGGCAAUGACGUCCGCAACGGACGGCAUUUUUUUGCAUAAGCCAAACCGUAGCAUAUAUCAAGCAAUAAUAAAGUGAAGCGAGAGGUUGCACACUAGUGGUCGUUGGUGCCGUUGCGGCUUUUUCCUUGGCGGCAUGAGCCAUGGCACGAAAAGAACGNGGGGGGGGGGGGGGGGGGGGGGGGGGGGGGGGGGGGGGGGGGGGGGGGGGGGGGGGGGGGGGGGGGGGGGGGGGGGGGGGGGGGGGGGGGGGCGUACUCUUGUGUUUUCCAUGCCUUGGCGGUUAGACUGUUGAACACGCGUCCUCGAGAGGCCUCGAGAGGACGGAGCAUUGUCCCCACGGCACCGAUGGGCAAUCGUUCCUUCCUACUCUGCCAAAGGUGGCUCAAGAAUGUUGAGAGGCGUGGGGGGCGUUAGGAUUGGGGAGUUUUGUGGUGUUGUGUUGAAUUUUUGUCAGGAAGGGCGUGCGUGUUGCUGCUCGUGUGUUUUGUCUGUCGCUCGUGUUGUGUAUGGCGUGGCUUCGACGCUGGCAAUCAUCAUUCGUAGGCUAACGACUCGAUUUGGGGGUGCUUUGUUUAUUCCGGCUCAUAUUGGGUGCCAUUAAGGUCCGUGCUUGCCCAAUGCGAAAUGGCUUGGCAAGACUCACGCCAAGCAUAUCAGACAUACCGAGGAGUUGCUAACCGCUUUGUAGGUGACGUCUCCCCCUGAGCGUGGAGUGACAUCGGAGUAGGGAGGGGUACGUACAGGUUCAAGGCGCAAGCGCGGGAGGCGUUUCACGCUGAGAAAUGAUGCAUGCGUCGACUGCAUCGACCGGUUUUUAGUUUCGCGGCUGAUCGUUCGCAAAGCACGCUCAUGCCUGUGUAGAAAGAAACAAGCUCACCCAAUCUGACGGAGGUCUCCGUCCUGCCGAGUAAGCCAUGAAUCGAGCUCAUGACACGUUGCCGCCAGUUACAUGAAGGCCCUUGAAUUUGUUUCAAUGCAGCCCAUUUCCGGUUUUCUUUUCCUUUUUUUUGUCGCUUGUAGAGGUUCGUUAGCAUUCGGUUGGGGGGAUAGGGGACGGGUUGCUGGACAAUCUAAUACUCGUAUUCCUGGCCUUGAUGGUGUAGCCGCACUCAUUCUUCGGCUAUCGCUCUUUGUGACUUGUUGAAGGGUGAGUUCCUUUGGAGUGGUGUCCAUAUUUUUUAGUCAUCUUUGGAGGUGUGAUAUACCUUUUUGUGAAGAACGAGAUAGAUAGAUAGCGGUGUGGAAAUCGACCACGCCUGAAUCCGUUCAUGCUGGCCUCUCUUGUCGCCUCGUCUCGGUCUUUCUUGUUGUGGCGUGCGGGGUCGUCCUAAUAGUUUUUGUAGUAUAGUAAAAGUGGCACUCAAGCGUUCGGCGUGUACAUGGCAGCACCGGCACCAUGUGACCUGAAGGUCGACCGGCGGCAGCAAUCACGGCUUGUGAGACGCUUGGUGGUGGAUAGACCAGCUUGCUUGGUCGCCUCAUGAAGGUAUCAACAGACCACCGCCAAAUGCUUUUCCCAAGCUCCCCGGGAGCUU